AUGUAGCACCUUAACGAUUUCCGUGUUUCAUGGACACGUCACUCAUUGUGCAGAUUUAGCUCCCCGACAGCGGUUGAAAAAAUUAUACCAAAAAAAACAGCGCAACAAUGUCGGCGUCGGUUCUGUCUGUGAUUUCCCGGUUUCUUGAGGAAUACACCACCUCGACGCCCAAUAAGUUGAAAGUGGUGGAUGCCUAUUUGUUGUAUAUCCUGCUGACGGGAGCGCUCCAGUUCCUGUACUGUUUGCUUGUUGGAACGUUCCCUUUCAACAGCUUUCUGUCUGGCUUCAUCUCCUGUGUCGGCUCUUUCAUUCUCGCAGUGUGUCUUCGUAUCCAGAUCAACCCACAGAACAAAGGGGACUUCCUGUCCAUCUCACCAGAGAGAGCCUUUGCAGACUUCCUGUUCGCUCACACUGUCCUGCAUCUUGUUGUCAUGAACUUCAUUGGUUGAGCAGCUGUUUAUUUGUCUGUGGAAGAUGCUGACAAGAGAAGCUAUGAAAAGACAAACCUUCAACACAUCGCCUUUUGUAACCCCAUCUAUUGUCACAUAAUUACACUCUGGAUUUUUUAUGUUUAGAUUUCUCCAUUUUCCCUUUUGCAUUGAUACAGACAAAUAAAAAUGCUGACAACUUUGAAA